UUAAAUAUAAAAGAGUCAGUCAUAUUAUAAAUAAUUGAUGCUAAAAGGAAGAGAAAAACUAUUCCCAUCAAAUCCAAAAAAUUGGGAAUUAAUAAAAUAAUUUUUUUUUUCAUUAACACUAAAUCAUUAAAAAUUAUCGAAAAAUAUUUUGAAGAAUUACAAAUGAGGCUAAAUAUUCUGAGCAUAUCAGUCAAACUGAUGACCAUUAUUGCCACUUGUAUACAUGGCCAGUGGUCACCAAAUGAAAGAGGCUCAAAACAUGGCCAGGUUGAAACUGGGUGCAACCUUACCUGCGAAAUGGACAAAUUGGUUACCUUUAACAAUGUUAGAGAUAUGAUUUUCAGAAAAACUUUUGGGACAAGAAUAAGGUCUCGAAAGUGUGUCAAUAUUAAAUUCGUUCCCAAGAUGGGCAGCAAUUUUGCCAAACAUAAUUCUAGCAUGGGUGACUACAAAAAUAGUAAUGGCCAUUAUAGUGAAAAUGAAAAUACUUCGAUAAGGCAUACCUGCAGAGAUGUCAUGAGAUGGACUAACAGAACAAGGGGCCAUAAAAAAAAUCGGAGAAGCCACAGAGAUGAUGACAGUAAUUCCAGGUAUCAUUCUUCUGAAAGGUAUGUAUCUCAGAUCAUCAGUGAUAAAGUUGAUAAUAGAUAUCUAAUGGAUAAAAAUUUUCAGAACAAUAAUGGCUUUAAAAUUGGAAUACUGGAUGAUAGCGGAGCUAGAAUAAAUAGUGCUACAAUGAUAUGUGAUGAUUAUUCAGUGGUAUCAAGAAUAGAAUCCUGUUUGCAUGAAUUUGGGGAAGUAGGAAAAUCGGUGUUAAAGGGUCAAAGUGCAUACCAGAUGAAACAUAUGUGCUUGAAAUAUAUUUCUGGAAUGGAUUGCAUGAUGACAAUUAUAAAGGAUUGCCCCGAUCUUGGCCCAGGAGAUGAUGCUAAAGUUCUACUUGAUACACUUCAGUUAUUAUGUGUUUAUAAUAGGAGCUUAUGGAGAAAAAAUGGUUUCCAUGCUAAUGAAUUAAAAAAUUUGGGUAGAGAGGAAGAUAAACAAAAGCAAAUAAUAUUAACUAAUAGAAUUGAUAAGCAAAAAAUUUCUGUCAAAAAGAUGAGAAAUCAACCUCAACCUAAUGAUUUGACAGUAGAUUUUAAAGAAUACAAACUGAAUAAUGGUAAACGGAAUGUAGUUUUAACAAAAGAUAACACAAAUUACAAAAAUUUGAAUAAUCAUAAUAAUAAUCCAAUUGCAAAAACAGAAACUAGUGCAUAUUAUUUAGAAUUUGGAAGAUGUUAUAGAAAAAACAAAAGAGAAACAAUGAAAUGUAUAGAUCAUUUUGAACAUUUUGUAAAACAGAUAUAUGAAAGAUUCAUGAAAGUAAUCAAUGAUGAAUCACUAUAUCAUGAAGCUAAGGAGAUUGAAAAUACAUUUUAUAAUUUAUCUUACCCAAGGAAAAAAACGAAAAGAAAUCAAAUUACUGGUAAUUAUUAUAAAUCAGAGUCAUUUGAUAAUAGAGAAUUAUUAAUUAAGAAUAUGCAAAAUAAAAAGUGCACAAUGAUAAAUGAAAUGUCAAAAUGUAUUUAUAAUUCAAUAAAUAAUGAAUGUGGGCACAAGGCGGCCUCAUUAAUGGUCAAAUUAUCCCUCAAUAUUGUCCCAAAUGCAAAAGAUAUUAAGUGUAAUUAUGUGAAUCAUCAUCUUUAUCAAUUUAAAGAACUCGACAGCAUUAGAUCAUUAAAUUAUAAUUCACAUUCCUCAAAGAUCAUGCUAAACCAUAUAUUUUUCGCAUUUCAUUUAUUUAUUUUAUUUUAUAUAAAUAUAAAUAUAAUAUAA